AUGUUGAAAAAUCGCAAACUCCUGCAAAUAUUGCGGACUUUCCUUGAUUUCGCGUUCGUCUCUGCGAUCGUGAAAUCCCGGGAGGACUGUUUGGUCGUCCGAAAAGUUCCGUACACAGAGCUGGGAGGAAAGACGCUGGUGAUGACGGUGUACGAUUUUGACCGUUUCUCCAAACACGAUGCCAUCGGAGACGUUAAAGUGCCAAUGAACAAGGUGGACUUCAGUCAUGUGACCGAGGAGUGGCGGGAUCUCCAGAGCGCCGAGAAAGAGGAACAAGAGAAGCUGGGUGAUAUCUGCUUCUCUCUGCGCUACGUUCCCACCGCCGGCAAACUCACCGUCGUCGUCCUGGAGGCCAAAAACCUGAAGAAGAUGGACGUCGGAGGUCUUUCAGACCCGUACGUGAAGAUCCAUCUGAUGCAGAACGGUAAACGUCUGAAGAAGAAAAAGACGACAAUCAAAAAGAACACCCUGAACCCCUACUACAAUGAGUCCUUCAGUUUCGAAGUGCCAUUUGAACAAAUCCAGAAAGUUCAAAUCGUUAUAACUGUUCUGGACUAUGACAAGAUCGGCAAAAACGAUGCUAUCGGUAAAGUUUUCAUAGGGCUGAACAGCUCAGGCACCGAGCUUCGCCAUUGGUCGGAUAUGUUGGCCAACCCACGGAGACCCAUCGCCCAGUGGCACGUGCUCAAGCCGGAGGAAGAAGUGGAUGCCCAGCUGUCCGUCAAAAAAUAAAGCUCUGCCCCCCUUUAGCCAUUAACCCCGCCCCUUUUAGUGGUCCUAACCCAGUGCGUGUACAUACCUCAGUGAUGUAUGGAUCCUUACACCCUCUAAAAUCUUCUUCUUCUUCUUCUUCUUCUUCUUCUUGUCUGGCAAUGAAACGCCUCCUUUUAUAAUAGUUGUCGGUAUUUUGACCGCCCACUUGCCCCAACACACACACACACACACACACACACACACACACACACCCCUCAAGUUGUGUUUAACAUUCCUUCCUGUCUUCGCCUGCUGUUUUGACCAUCCUCCAUGACCUUUAACCCCCUUAAACCCUUCUUUUAAGCAAUAUGAUCAGUGUAGAUAGCGCAUGAAUGGAAAAAAAACGUGUACCACAGGUGUAUAUAUCCGUAUGCAGACAAAAAAAUACGAUUUCUAGUUUGUGUUUGUAUGUUGUUACCUGUUUCCUAAUCUGUGUAUAUCUUGAUGUUUUUACUAAGAUAUUCUAUUUUAAAUGAUGUAAAUGCAGAUAUAGCAGAGCCAAUAUUAUAUAUAAUAACAGCAGGAUUUACGAUAUCUAUCUUAUUGCAUUCCAGUUAAACAUAUACAUAUAUAUUAUAUAUCAUAUAUAUGUAUAUUUGAAAGAAUUUCAACCUGCGAGACGAGAGUUCAGGGGUAUUUAAAAACAAAAUGGUCAAACGAAAAAAACCUUUGGCUUAAAGAAUUGUUCAAAAUAAAAAUAGAGAAGACGGAGAAACCCCGUAUAAAAUGGAAUAUUGUAAUAUAUAUGUAUAACAUCUUCAGUAUAUUACAUUUUAGUAUGGAAAUAUAGGCCAUUAACUGAUAUGGUUCAGUCGGUAAAAUAUGCAGGAAGUUCUACAAGCACAUGAGUUCUUAAAUUGAUUUGAAUUUUUGAUUUUUUGCAUUUUUUUUUGAAUCAUUAUUUUAGCAGCUCCUUGAUCUCCCCCAGAUCCUCAAUCUGAACCUUAUAUUUUGUCCUAAAGCCCCCAAGCAUGACGAAUUCACUAACCGUAGCCAUUUGACCCUCAACGCUUACCUUACGUUAAUUCGUUAAACUUGGUUAACAGACGUAUUUCGUUGGAUUUGUUCAAGACUCUAGCUCUGAAAUGAAUAUUUUUGGUAAUUGCAUGUUUUGUUUUUUUUAUUUAUUUAUUUAUUCUACUUUAUUCUACACCGUCAGGCCUUUAGCCGUAAAGGGGAAAAAAAAAGAAAAAAAAUCAAAAGUUCUGCGUUUUUUAACAAACUGAUGCUGAUUUCUCCAGAAAAGUCGGUGUGUAAUAAUAAAAUACCGACUCUAAGAGACAAGCUUUUAAACACUGCCAUUAUUUUCAGGGAGGUGAGAAACGUACGUGACUUUCUCCUCAUGCACACGCUCCACUUAGUGGCUGUAGCUUUUGGUUCUUUGGGAACAAGUAACCAUUUCGUUGGCCUUGAAGGUGCAAAAUCGAAUUUUUUGUUUACUUUACGUUGCCUCUUUACGCAGUGACAA